AUGGCGGCGGGUUUGUGCGGUGCGAUUGCAACGAACGGGGGAGCAGCAACAGCGGCGGCGCCGGGGGCGGGGGCGGUGCUUGACUGUGAUAUUAGCGGGGCCUUGAAUUUAGAUGCGAACUUCGUGCCUGGGGCUGAUGACGUGGCGCAGCUUGAGAGAGUGCUGGCGCAAGCUGACGUGGCAUCUGUUACAGAUGUGGAUUCUGAGAAGGAGUUGUUUAUUCCGGAUGCCCUUCCGCUGCUGAGGGAAGAUUCCCCGCUAUUGGACGACUCGCAGCGGGAGCAGCAUCAGAACCAGAGACGGAACGAGGUUGCGAAAUCGGUGGAAUUUCACCCGCUGCAGCAAAACUUAGCUGAUGAGGGGGGCGAGGAGCGGGUGGGGGCGGAGGUAGCGGGGGAUUUAACAUUGCAAGAGGCGUCGUCUGUGUUGGCUGCCGAGCCUAUCCAGACAGCUGGACCUGCCGAACCUGCUGAGCCUGCCGAACCUGCCGAGGCUGCUCAUCCUGCUGCUUUGAAGGCCUUCUACUGGACAUACGUGUUCAACUGUUUUGGCGAGCACUCGUGGCGGUUUGGGGGAGCAGCGCUGCUCGCGCUGCUGCAUCACUCGCUGCUGCCCGUGGCUGUGGCCAGCUUCGUCAGCCAGUUGGUGGUAUUUAUAGGCGCACCUCUGGUGGGAGAGCUCAUGGACUCAGCUCCUAGAGUGGCUGCCUUCAGCACCAUCUCUGUUGCUCAGACCACAGCCAUGGUGGUAGCAGCACUAGCCACCAUACACGCCAUUCAACUCGCCGCCCCAGCUGCAGCAACAGCCACUGCUGCAGGCGCAGUUGCCACGUCAGCCGCCACGUCAGCUGCCGCGUCGGCUGCCACGUCAGCGCUGGCUGCUCUUCCGGGCACGGCAGUGCUGCGGCAAGUGUGGUUCGUGGUGCUGGUGGUGGCUGGCGCUGUUGAGAGGCUCACUGGCCUGGCGUCAGGAGUGGCGUUCGAACGGGACUGGGUGAUUGUGCUGGCUGGUCAGGAUCGACCCGUGGCUCUGGCCAAUGCCAACGCCAUGCUGAGGAGGGUGGAUUUGUGCUGCGAGGUAGCAGCACCACUCAUCUUUGGCUGGCUUAUUGUUGCCUUUGGCCCACUGAUUUGUGCCAGAGCAUGUGUUGCCCUCGUUGCACUCUCCCUCCCUGCCCUGCUUGCCCUCACCACGCUCACCAACCGCAUCUCCCACGGAGCUCUCAGCAGACCUCGACCUGAGAAGUCUGAGAAUGAUUGCCAAAGCGGAGAUAAGACUUCAAACGAGUGUAAUGGGAAUGUUCCCAUGACUGAUCUAAAGUCGAAGCAGCAUAAGCCCUCCGCGUCCCCCGCAUCGUCCUCACUACUCCACUCCUUUGAGGGGUCCUAUGCACUUCACUCCUUCUCCCCACCAUCCUCGCCCCUCCUCCCCCUUCUCGCCUCGUCUGCUUUCGGCAGCAGCGCUCCAGCUACAGGAGUAGCACCUUCCUUGGCACUAUGCUGCCACUGCUCGUCCUUGCACCCUGUUCCCGGGUCACACGGGCCACACACAUCGUACCGUUCAUGCUUGCUUCCCGGGCCUGUGCCGCAGAGUGCUGCGAUGACAUCACUGGGUUUAGCUGCAAUGACAGCACAUUCACAUACAGCCGAUCACAGGCACACGCUGCCACGCGCGUGCAGCACUGAUCGCGAUUGCGGUGCUGCUGCUGCCGCCCCUGCUGCCACUGCCACUGCCCCUGCUGCUGCUGCUGGUCCCGCCGCUGCUGCCCCCGCCGCUGCUCCUGCUGUUACUGUUGCUGCAGAUGGUGAUGGGAAAGCGCUGGAUAAAGCAUUGGAGGGGUUGGGGAGAGUGACCAAGACAGCAGGAAAAGCACUCGAUAAAGCAGCAGCCGGGGUGGGGAAAGUGGCAGAGGCAGCAGGGAAGGGGUGGCGGUGCUACGUGCAGCAGGCUGUGAUGCCAGCCAGUGCGGCCUACGUGCUGCUCUUCUUCAAUGCUGUGCUGUCUCCCGGGGGCCUCCUUACGUCGUUCCUGUCGCAGCAUGGCGUGCAGAUGUCAGUGAUAGGGGCCUUCAGGGGCGCCUGUGCUGCCAUGGGCUUUGUGGCCACCUUUGUUUCGCCACCGCUCGUGGCACGUCUGGGUGUGCUACAGGCUGGCAGUGCUGCUCUUGUCUUCCAAGCUCUCCUCCUUGCCCUCGCAGUGGGAAUCUUCUCCUCUCUCUCACGCUGCCCUCCGGUGCUGCAGCAGGGGCUGAUGCUACUCUUCCUCUUGCUCGUCGUGCUUUCCCGAGUGGGCCAUUGGACGUUUGAAAUCGUCGACUCUCAGAUCAUCCAAACAGCCAUCCCCCCUGCCUCGGCCAAUCUCAUCGGAACCACCGAAAUCGCCCUCGCCAGCCUGGCGGAGCUACUAAUGCUAGGACUCGCCAUAGUCGUUCACGAUCCUAAGCACUUUGCGGCUCUCGCUGCCAUGUCCAUGGCGGCUGUUUUUGCUGCGGCUGGGUUUUACUGCUCCUGGCUGGCUCGGCCCGACCCGAGGAUUCAGAAGCUGUUCCCGAACCAGCCGGAGGUUCGGUGGGGAGAGGUGUUUGGGAGGUGGGGGAACGGAGGGGGGAGGAAGUGA